UUUUUCCUUUUUCCCUUUUCCUUUUUUUUUCUUUUUUAGUUCAACGUAUUUCUUCCAAUAAUACAUUGCAAUUCACAUGGUCUUGGAAUAUCUCUCUCUCUAUAUAUAUAUACAUAUUGAGUGUUAAGGUGAACACUUAAACAAACCCUUGUAUUCCAAAAAUUCCUCAUUCAAAUCCUCUCUCAGUUUCUCAGUUUCUACAAUCAGUUGAGGAUACAAUAUUUGGGCUAGCUAGGCUUGUUGUUAAUUUAAGUAUAUUGUUGGGAAAAUGGAAUACUAUUGUGUAUCUUCAACCGACGCCAAAGGAAUUGGGAUUGGGAAGGUGAAGUGGCAGAGGAGGGGGAGGCGCGGCGGCCGGCACGGCGGCGGCUCUGUGCAGAUGAAGAUGAGGAAGCUGCAGCGGCUGAUCCCCGGAGGGCGGGGGCUGAAGCCGGACCGCCUCUUCUUGAAAACGGCGGAUUAUAUAAUGCAAUUGAGGUCUCAAGUUAAUGUUUUGCAAGCACUUUCCAAGAUUUACGAACCCACCCUAAUUUCUAAAUAUUGAUAUUUUUUUCUGUUUUCUUGUAAUCUUGUAUCCAGAAAAGAAAAAAAAAAAUUCAUUGGCAUUUUGGCCAUCUUCAUAUGACAUACACAUAUAUGGGAUUAUGUAUGUAUGUUUGUGUAGAUAAUAUCACAUGACUAAUUAUCUCUGUUA